AUGACUAUGGCUGCAUACUGGAAAAUUGUGUUCAGUCCUCAAAAGUUGGGUAACCAUGAGAUCGAGGUGGAAAUUGUUAAUGAUCGAAUGGCAACUUUGCAUGUGAGGUUCUUUGCAUAUUGGCAAUUUGCUUUCGGUCUUGAAAAGUUUGUUAAUGAGAUUAAGGAUGAGGUUCUUGGUGAUCUAAUAGCAUCCCAUGGUGGUGGAUCUGAGAGUUCCCUGCAAGAAUCAUUGGUUGCUGAGAUGUGCUUUAGGCUCAAAAGGAGUGUGAAGUUGCUUGAAGAGUUAAAAGAGAUGAUGGCGAAGAUUAUGGAGUACAGUCUUGGUUCAUCAUGUUAG